AUGCCACCUAAGAAGGCCGAUAAGGGCGGUGGUGCCGCCAAGAAGGCUUCGGCCACCAAGCAGGUGGAAGACAAGACGUUUGGCAUGAAGAACAAGAAGGGUGCUGUCGCCAAAAAGCAGAUUGCUCAGAUGACAAGCAAUUUGAAGAAUGGUGUAAGCCCUGAAGAGAAGAAAAAGCAGGCCGAGAAGGCCCAGCGAGAGAAGGAGAAGGCGGCGGCCGAGGAAGCCAAAAGGGAAACGGCAUUGCUUCUCAACAAACCUGCUCAAAUACAAAAAGUACCUUUCGGUGUAGAUCCCAAGACGGUUCUUUGCAUUUUUUUUAAAAAGGGAGAUUGCGAGAAGGGCAAGAAAUGUAAAUUCUCCCAUGAUCCGAACGUCGAGCGAAAGACGGAGAAGAAGAACCUGUAUGCAGACAUUAGAGGGCAAGAAGAGGAGGAAAAGAAGAAGCAGGAGACCUCUGCUGAAUGGGACGAAGAACAGCUGCGCAAAGUGGUCUUGUCCAAGAAGGGCAACCAAAAAACAACGACGGACAAGGUGUGCAAGUUUUUCAUCUCGGCUAUUGAGGAUGGUAAAUACGGCUGGUUCUGGGUUUGUCCAAACGGUGGAGAUAAGUGCAUGUACAGGCACGCUCUGCCGCCUGGUUUCGUCUUGAAAACAAAGGAGCAAAGGGCAGCCGAGAAGGCACUCAUGGACAAGUCUCCGCUCAAGACCCUUACCUUGGAAGACUUUCUGGAAUCUGAGCGACACAAACUCACUGGCACUCUGACGCCCGUCACUCCAGAGACCUUUGCCAAAUGGAAGAAGGAACGCCUUGACAAAAAGGCGGCCGAGGAACAGCUCCGCAACGCCAAGGAGAACACUGGCCGUGCACUAUUCGAGAGCGGCAAGUGGCGUGAUGAGGACGACUCUGAAGAUGAUGAUGAUGACGCAUGGAACAUUGAGAAUUUGCGGAAAGAGACGGAAGCAUUACGUGAGAAGAGAGAAGAGCAAAGACUGACCGCCACCGGCGGCGAAGUAUCUCUGACAGCAGAGCCUGCCGAGCCAGAGGAUGUCAACGAACAAGCCGAUCAGGUGACAGAGGCAGCGUCUGCCGGUGCGUGA